GAGGUAUUCAUGGAAUCUCUCAACACUGUUAAUGUGGUGUGCAGCAGUCGGCACUUGAAGCCAUUGAAAGAAACGACUAUCUUACGAGCGAUUAGUCCGUGGUCUAGUGAUUAAGGGACUGGACUAGCAAUCGUAAAGAUUAGCUGAGAUAAUAGUAGUUGAAAAGCGUAUAAAGGAGACCCUAUAUAAAUGCAAUUAAAAGGUAUUUUGCACAAUACCGCGCGGUGCUGGACAUAAUCUGGGCACCAAACCACAAGUCAGCAGUGGUCACAGUUUUCUGUGCUUGAACGUCCGGGGCAAAUUUAGUGAAUGCGGGAAGGGGAUUAUUUGUACUGUGAAAUAAGGCCGUCACUAGUCGACCAGAUCCGCCCCACCCCGACAAGACACGACACGACACGACACGAAACGAUACAACACGACACGACACUACACGAACCCGUCAAUGGGCACCUGGUAUUUGGGGACGCUCAGUAGCACUUGGAAGAUUAAGAUUUGGGGAAAACGAGAAAAAAAAAACGCGUUUUAGGACAGGAACCAUAAUAUGGAAUAUAAUCUAUCUUAUAAUAAUAUUCUUCUAUCUCUGUCCCCAACAGUACCCGCCUGCUUCCCUCAUAUCGACCCCUUUUUGGAGCAAAUGGCGGACAACUCCUAUUCCUUGCCCAUCCCACUUCCUGUCUACAUUCGGACAAGAUCGCCUUCUGGCUCCGAGAGUUUUGUCAAGCCCAAGAAAUGUCGGAGGAGUAGAACCGUCUUCACAGAAUUACAGCUGUUGGGUCUGGAGAAGAGAUUCGAGGGCCAGAAGUACCUGUCCACUCCCGAUAGAUUGGACUUAGCUGAAUCUCUGGGGCUGUCACAAAUACAAGUCAAAACCUGGUACCAGAACAGACGGAUGAAGUGGAAGAAACAGGUGUGUAUUGGAGGGAGGGGACAUUUAGGUUACGUAAGUGUUGUCCUGCAGAAGGGCGCGAAAGAGGCACCCACAAAGCCCAAAGGUCGGCCUAAAAAAGACUCCCUGGAUGGCGGAACCGAGUCAGAAAUCGAGGUAGAUGACGACACACCAGAAGAUGACGUCACAACGGAAGAUAAUAUCAUACCUUUGAGUCCUGAGGUCAACUCGCCCACGUCAGAAGACGAGCUAGAAGCGCAUGACGUAGAACAAACUAUGGCACACGAGGGGGCCAAGUGUUCAGAUUCUGAGGCGGAAGAAAGGGAAGAAAGACCGUGGUGA